ACUCUUGUGUUUUAUGCAUCAAACUCAAAGUUUCUAACAUGGCUUCCUUAAGCUUCAUAGUCUUGCUUCUUCUUGCUCUUAUCUUUCCUCAGGGGUUUGCCAACUAUGAGAAACCGUCUAUCUACAAUCCACCAAUUGAGAAACCUCCGGUUUACAAACCACCAGUGUACAAGCCUCCUAUAGAAAAACCUCCUAUUUACAAGCCACCUGUUUACAAACCACCAGUUGAGCAUCCUCCAAUAUACAAGCCCCCUGUUGAAAAACCACCCGUGUACAAACCUCCAGUUGAAAAACCUCUAGUCUAUAAGCCACCUGUAGAGAAACCACCUGUGUACAAGCCACCUGUCUACAAACCUCCGAUUUAUAAGCCACCUGUAGAGAAACCACCUGUGUACAAGCCACCUGUUUACAAACCUCCAGUUUAUAAGCCACCCGUUGAGAAACCACCUGUCUACAAGCCACCUGUCUACAAACCACCGGUUGAGAAGCCUCCGGUUUACAAACCCCCAGUUGAAAAGCCUCCAGUGUAUAAACCACCUGUAGAGAAACCACCAGUAUACAAGCCACCUGUCUACAAACCCCCAGUUUAUAAGCCACCCGUCGAGAAGCCUCCAGUUUACAAACCCCCAGUUGAAAAACCUCCAGUGUAUAAGCCACCUGUUGAAAAGCCCCCAGUUUACAAGCCACCUGUCUACAAACCUCCAGUUUAUAAGCCACCUGUAGAGAAACCACCAGUCUACAAACCUCCAGUAGAGAAACCCCCUGUUUACAAACCACCAGUGGAGAAACCUCCAACCUACAAGCCACCUGUUGAGAAGCCUCCUGUAUACAAACCUCCCGUUUAUAAGCCACCAGUUGUGAAGCCACCGAUUUACACACCUCCAUACUAGAAGUGACUUCACAAUCCAAGUACCCUUCCCCAGGUGAUGGUACUCGUGUCUAGAAAAUGCUAUUAAGAAUAUAUGUUAAAUAAGAGAAAUAUAUAAAGUCUACAAGCAAGGAAUAUUUAUAUUGUUGUUGUAAUCUUCAUUUCAAUCCUUUGUUUACAAUGUUAUUGCAAAGACAAGAAUGUGAGUGUAAAACGGAGAAGGAAAUUAUGCUUUUGUUCUCCAUCUUAUGAAUAAGAAUAUUAUGAUUUAGA